GCUCUUCCCUCCGGCCCAUGUUCUCGCGAGAACCGCCGAGAGGCAGAAGCUGCUGCGAGGGACUCGACGCAAGGUUCGUCUCGGGUCAGAGGUCACCGCAGCUGCUUUCUGGGGAGAGGGCGGAAGUGAGGGUGGGGGACAAAGGAGAGAAGGGCAAAAUGCGGGGUGCUGGAUGUUGUGGCCUCAGCCUUAGGGAAGGGGUGUCAGGGACCUUGAAAAUGGUCUUUUGCGCGGUGGGAUUUGAGUCACUGGUGGUGUUUGUCUACUUUUUUGUGAUCUCAUGUCCCCCAUUUUCAGGGUAGAUCUUUUGUUCUUAGGUUGCCCAACCGCACAAUAAUAAUAAUAACAGUAACAACAGUAACAGUAACUUGCAAAUAAUUCAGCAAACUAAAAGCAAUACACAAAUAGAUGCUGGAAUCAAACUGUUGUAAGUUAAAAGAACAAAUCUGUUCAAAUAUUAUUCAUCCAUUUCCUAUUUAAUAUACAGUGGUACCUCGGGUUACAUACGCUUCAGGUUACAUAUGCUUCAGGUUACAGACUCCGCUAACCCAGAAAUAGUACCUUGGGUUAAGAACUUUGCUUCAGGAUGAGAACAGAAAUCGUGCUCCAGCAGCAGCAGGAGGCCCCAUUAGCUAAAGUGGUGCUUCAGGUUAAGAACGGACCUCUGGAACGAAUUAAGUACUUAACCCGAGGUACCACUGUAUAUUUAUUAACCCUGCUUUUCAGGAGAUAGCUUUACAAAGCCACACACUUAAACGGCACGCGGCAAAAUGCAGUUUAAAACUUGUAAGCAGCACUGCCACUGCUAGAAUUUCUGUAGCCCAAUUAACAUUCUCCCUGGAAAGCAGCAGAGAACUACACCCCCUGCAAUUCUGCCUGAGCAUUGACUAUGCUGGCUGGGGUUGGUGGGAGUUGUGAACAACCGACGCCAGACAGGUAGGAACAGUGCAGUGAUACUGUGCAGAUUUACAGGCACAAAGUGAUAGGGAUAAUCUUCAAAGCCUUAUACCACCUUCCCUUAUCCUAGACUGUUCAUACCUUACGUGCCAGUAUGCCCACAACCAGGUUGUUGGGCAUGUGGUGGGUAUUAUUUUCAAUGGCAACUCUGCAUUUGUGGAAACCUGAUCCAAUUAUAAGAUCAGACAAGACUCAUCCUACAAGUUUUAAAGCUGCAUUUGAAAACAUGUUUAUUCAGUAAAAUUUGGAGGGCCACAGGUUUCUGAUAAGAGGUGCGCAACCUAUCCCUAGGGAAGGAGCCACCUACAUAGUCAUGAUAAAUUUUUAUUUAUAGCUUACCACAGGAAUAUGGAACUUGUGGCCCUCUGGAGGCUUCUGGAUACUAGAUCACCACAAGAGCCAAAACAUCAGAUGUGCUGAGUAACCUGAAAGAUGCAAAAGUUAGCAUUGAAAGAGAAACCUGUGCAGACAAGAAGUUAUCCCAAGAUCUGGAAACUACUGACUUGCAACAAAUCUCUAAAGCGUUUACUUUCCCCUUUAUAUACACAGUUCCAGAAAAUGUGUGCUGGGCGGUUCUUCCAAGUCUUCUGUAACCACCAUGUCAGGAGAUCACACAUCCUACAACGGUUCUGGUACAGACCUCCACACUCACUAUGGAGAAAUUCUUCAACCUGUCCCUAUAAAGCUGUGAUCUUUGAUAUGGGUGGUGUUCUCCUUCCUUCCCCAAUCAAACUGGCAGCAGGUGAGUGUCUGUAUCAGUGGCAUUCCCAUCCAGUCUGACAUUUGCUGAUUGAGCUGCCUUAAUAUGGAAUGCAAAGUGGAAUAUUCCAAGUCCUUUCUCUGCUAUGUAAAAUGUGUCUUGUAUUAUUGUGCCCAACCCCAAGCCAGGGGUGCCUGCGCUUCCCAGGGUUCAGUUGCCUUGGAAUGAACAUCAGUGGAGACUGUGGUGUUCUGAAGAUAAAUUGUUUUUAUUUCCACCUGAGCAUAGGAUGGAGGGGCUCACAGCAUUAACACUCACAACAGAACUUGUUUCUUCAUUGUCCCAAGCACACCAGCCCCCAAUGAGGACACACGAUUGGAAGUUUAGUUCUUUAUUGGCAAAGCACUCAAUUUCAUAAGCUGCUAAGGUGCAAUAAUCACAUGCACUGCUCAUGCUAAGUAGUUUGCUAGGCAACUUUUUCUUCAGACUUGUGCUCUGAUCCCAGACCCUCCAGGUGUCCUUAUUUUCCAGGAACGUCCCUGAUUUAAUGAAGCCAUUCCAGUUUCUGAUUUGAUCCAGGAAUGUCCCGCUUUUUAGGACAUCGCUAUUGGAGAAAUGUUGGAGGGUAUGGAGUUAUCCAGCCGCCAAGUUGUCUGAAGGCAAUCCUUUAUAGGAAAAGUUUUUUUGUUUAAUGUUUAAUGUUUUAUUAUGUUUUUAUAUGUGUUGGAAGCCACCGAGUGUGGCUGGAGCAACCGAGUAAGAUGUGUGGGGCAUAAAUGGUAAAAUUAUUGUCCCUAUUUUCAUUGGAGAAAUGUUGGAGGGUAUGCGGUCAGGACAGUUGGAACAACAGGACGGACAUGCCUUCUUCAGCACGUUUAAACCACCUCUUUUGACACAAGCACCGGUGACUUCUGUGUGGGAUCUCCAUCUGCUCCUGUCACUUUAAGCCCCUUCUCAUCCUUGGAGACAGUGGGAGAGGGGACGGAUUUUAAUGGCCCAACUCUCUCUGACACCCUCUCUUCCACUUCUGUGACUCCCUGCACCUCUUUCCCUGCUUCUGACUUCCCAUACUCUUCCUCUUUCCCCUGCCUCACAGGUGGCACAGAUCCCCACCCAUUCCCCUGAAACAUUCUCCUGCCUCCUCUGCUGACUCUUCCAGACACUUGCCUUUCCCUGACACCCAUUAGGCUUCCAGGGAAACCAGCCACAACUUGGUUUCAGACACAUUUCUAUGUCACCAGCUUCCAGCAUCAGCCCAAACUCUCACACACAAUUCUACGAUUCUAUUCUAGACUUCCCCAGGCUGCAUCAUCCUUGACGUGACAGGUAUUCCUGAUAUUAGGGAACAACAUUCCUUUCUAUAGGAAACACUUGUGACUGGUAGGAAACCUUUCAUGUCCCCGCCCCAAUUAUUAAUGUUGGUUCCUGACCCAUCUGCCUUCCUUUAUGUAGACUGGGAGGUUCGGCACCGUGUGCCCCCUGGCACCAUCAAGCAGGCCUUGAGAUCGGGAGGGGAGGACGGACCUUGGCUGAGGUACAUGAGAGGGGAGCUGCAGCCAGCAGAGUUUCUGCAUGAAUUUGGAAAGCAGUGCUCCGAGAUCGUAAGCCAGCUUUUCUGCUUGUUUUCUGUCACCUGAAUAGGGGCCAAGUAGAAGGGCUCACAUGCAGAGUUCUUAUCUCAGGGGCCGGAGAAACUGCAGCCUUCUGGCUGUUGCUGGCCUCUGCCUCUGUUCAGCUAACAUGGCUAGUGAUCAGGGAUUUAAAAAAAUAAUAAUUUAAUUUUUAAAAUUUUAUUAAAAUAAUUCAACAUUAAUACGUACAUAUUACGAAUAUACAGACAAACAUACAGUGGUGCCUCGCAAGACGAAAAGAAUUCGUUCCGUGAGUCUUUUCGUCUUGCGAUGUUUUUCGUCUUGCGAAGCACGGUCCGUCGCAACUGCGCCUCUUCAAGCGGCUUAAAAAAAAAAGCGCAAGACGUUUUCGUCUUGCGAAGCAAGCCCAUAGGGAAAUUCGUCUAGCGAAGCAACGCAAAACCGAAAAACCCUUUCGUCUAGCGAGUUUUUCGUCUUGCGAGGCAUUUGUCUUGCGGGGCACCACUGUACAUUGAAUACAGUCCUUAAAAAUAUUCAUACAUACCCACACUCAAUCCCACACAUACUGGGAAAAGGAAGUAUGUGAUCAGGGAUUGCGGUAUGAAGUGUCCAGAAACGCCUAGAAGGCUGAAAGGUUCUCCACUCCUAUAUUGCUAUUAUUAUUAUUAUUAUUAUUAUUAUUAUUAUUCUGCCCAUCACCCUAAGCUACAACAUUAAAAAUAGUUUAAAGCCAGUUAUAAUUGCAGAAAGUAUAUGAGUCCUAAAAAUAUGCAUAUGUCAAAAGCCAGGGCAAAGAAGCUGUGUCUUCAGCAUUUGCUAGAAGCUUUGCCAUGAAUGUGCCAGACGUACCACUCUGGGGAGAGAAUUUCCCAGCUUAGGAACUGCCACAGAGAAUGCCCUUUCCUGGGCCGCUGCCACCACCCCAAGCUUCUGAGGACAGUGGGUCGCCUCUGGUGAUACUGGCACCCAGGAAAGUCUGUAGGGAAGGGGGUGUUUGGUAUUUAGGGUCUGAAACAAUAAUGGAAACAUCCAUAGGCAGAAAUUGGGAGACAUCUCCACCAUGAACUGCCUAAGUGUUUUAGCACAUUUGCAUUUCAUCUCUUCCUCCAAAGAGCUUGUUUUAGUCUCAUACUCAUUACAACCCUGUUGGGUAGGCCAGGCUGAGAAAGCAUGAUCAGCUCAAGCCCACCCAGAGAAGUUUUAAGAGGGAGGGAGCCCUCUGCUCUUUCUUUCUUCCAUCUCUUCUUUAGCCGUUUUCGUCCAUUCGGUUCAACUUUGUUCUUUCACGCUAUAAAAAAUGAUUCAGUGUGUAGAAUAUGGCAUAGUAUUAUUGGGUUGUGUGGAACAUUUGGCGUGAUCUUUUCCACCCAAAGAUGUUUCAGCCCCCGUUUUCCUGUCUCUUUUUACCUCUUCCCACAAGGCAAACUCCUCUGUCCCAGUGGACUCUUUUCUCGCAGAUUUGACCAGCGUUGGAAUGUCAGGGCAGCUUCCCGUUAUGACUGAAGCUAUAAAGUGCAUCCGAGCAGAAGGCCUGAAGACGGCCGUCCUGAGUAACAAUUUCUAUUUGCACAGUGGAGAAAGUUUUCUGCCCCUUAACCGGCAGCAGUUUGAUGUGGUGAGUUCACGGCGUGCAACAGAGAUUCCAGUUUUUGUAAAGGCUCUCUUCUCAUUAGAGAAAUCUUAUUACGCUGCGAGAGUUUUGUGUGGUGUAGUGAUUCGAGUGUCAGACUAGGACCUGGGAAACCAAGGCUGAAAUCCCCUCUUGGCCAUGAAGUUCACUGGGUGAUCUUGGUCCAAUCAUUGCCUAACCUACCUCACAGGGUCAUUGAGGUCCUUGGAGGCAAAGGUGAGAUAUAAUUCCACUAAAUAAAUAGUGUAAUCAGAAGACUGACCGAUGAGCAGUUCCCCCAUCUGCCACACUUGGCCUGCAGUGGGUGAGCUCUCCAUCUCUAUCAUAGACAGUGAUCCAGUUAGAACAUUGCUUUAUCUUACUUGCAUUUAGUAAAGAAAGCUAAAAACUGCCCAUUCUGCAUUUGCAGUUACCAUCCAUUCAUUAUGACUAAUAAACUUAAGAAACACUCCGAAACAAGAAAUCUCUAGCUUCCUUGUGUGCACCCAGUCUAAUUUUUACUUUACAGUGGUACCUUGCUUCCUGAACUCAAUCCGUUCGGGAAGUCUGUUCGACUUCCAAAACGUUCACAAACCAAGGCGCGGCUUCUGAUUGGCCCCGGAAACAAUGCCAACAGCUGAAACGGAUGUUUGGCUUCCAAAAAAGUUCGUAAACCGGAACACUUACGUCUGGAUUUGUGGUGUUUGGAAGCCUGUUUGUUUGGGAGCCAAGGCAUUCAGGAACCAAGGUACCACUAUAUUUUAAUGUCUUUUGUCUUCUAGAUAAUUGAGUCUUGCCGGGAAGGGGUGUGCAAGCCGGACCUUCGUAUCUACAAGUUGUGCUUGGAGAGACUGGGCGUUCAGGCCAAAGAGUCCAUCUUUCUGGAUGACCUUGGGCAGAACCUGAAAGCAGCUGCCCAGCUGGGCAUGAAGACACUCAAGGUGAGCAGAGGUGCGGCUGUGUCAAAGACCCUCACCGCCAGACUUGUAAAACCAGCCUGCCUGACUCACCUGCUCCCCUUCCUUCCUGGAGCCCGCGCUAGCUACUUCAUCCACCUCUUUGUCUCAGGUUGAUGACCCAGACUCAGCACUUCAAGAGCUGGAGAGCCACCUUGGCUUUGCCCUGAGAUCAUUUGUUCCUUACACAUGUUCCGUGAGGUCGGCAAUGCAGAUCCCCACAGCCCCUCUCCAGAAGUACAUUGAAGGCAUCCUGGGGGCUCCAGGUAUAGAAUCUUUUCCCCCUCCCCCACUGUCAGAUACCAGGAUGAGGAGUACUGUUCUGAUGAGCAAUGGUGGGAGCCUCCCCCUCCCCCUGCUCAUGACCAGGAUCCUGAAGCUUCCCAGGAGCAUUGGAGCGGUAUAGAUUUGGAGCAGUGGUUUGCAGAGGGGCAUAGUUCUGAAGACAAAAGUUGGGACGAACUGGGGGGGAUGAACAGCAAAGUGAAGAAGAACUGGAAGAGAAAGAGCUAACAGGCUCUCUCUCACUGCAAAGUGUCUAGCCUAGCAGUCCAAGGUCACGUAGGGCAGAUAAGGUGGCUACACAAAAAGCACGGUGGUUGUGAGAUCAGGUUGCAAGGCGCGGAAGUGACUAGGGGGGAAGUAGGUGGAAACCUUAAUUGGGAACACCUUCAUUCCGAGAAUGGCUGAUUUGUUCUUUUGCUGUGAUCAUUAAAAACUCUUUAAAUGGUAAGCGACUCUUUUCGCUUUGUCCUGCUUAUCUACGGCCAAAGGGGGGGAGGCAGCCGAGGUCCCGAAGCCUGACACCCGCCCUCCAAUAUUAUGGCAUUUUGCACAUUCCCGCUUUGGUUGCCCUUCCCAGCUAUAAAAGAUUCAGAUCUUGAAAGUGCCAGGACAUUCUUUGCUACUCUUCUGUCAGCAGAUGACUUUGUGUUCUAUAGAGACACAGCAUUGUGUAGUGGUUAGAGCAGGGUAAAGGUAAAGGGACUCCUGACCAUUAGGUCCAGUCGUGGCCGACUCUGGGGUUGCGGCGCUCAUCUUGCUUUACUGGCCGAGGGAGCCGGCAUACAGCUUCCGGGUCAUGUGUCCAGCAUGACUAAGCCGCUUCUGGCGAACCGGAGCAGCACACGGAAACUCCGUUUACCUUCCCGCCGGAGCGGUACCUAUUUAUCUACUUGCACUUUGAUGUGCUUUCGAACUGCUAGGUUGGCAGGAGCAGGGACCGAGCAAUGGGUCGCAAUGGGAUUCGAACCACCGACCUUCUGAUCGGCAAGCCCUAGGCUCUGCGGUUUAACCCACAGCGCCACCCGCGUCCAUAGAGCAGGGUAGGGGACCCUUUUUCAGCCCAUGAGCCAGAAACCUUUGUGUGGAAACUUCCAGGGGCCAAAUCCCAGCAGUGAGGAGGUCCAGAGGCCACAUUUAUCUUUGUAGAACAGGGUACAUGCCAAAGCCAGAGGUUUCUGUACAACCCCCCCCCCCAAAUAUAUCAAUCCCUCAUCCAGGUAAAGGAAGAAGCAUUAUCACAUUUCAGGGACACCUACCAUCCAGGCAACCUUCACUCAGCCUCAAAGCUCCCUGAGAGGCAUUGAGUCUGUCACCUCUCUUUUUCCACUCUCUCCACCUGGCCUACCUGACAGUAGGUUGUUAUGAGAAUGAAAUGGAUGGGAGCAAGACCACAGACACCUUUGUGAACUCCUUGGAGUAAACCCAGUUUCGCUCGCUAAUGGCUCACGCUCCCACUUUCAGGGCCUCUGGUGCUGCGGCAGUUCAGCCACGGGCAGUCCAACCCUACCUACUACGUCAGGUUUGGGGAUCGCCAGUUCGUUCUGAGGAAGAAGCCGCCAGGCCCCCUCCUUCCCUCUGCUCAUGCUGUCGAGAGAGAGUACAGGUGAAAAGUCUAGCAACUGUCUCCAUCCUAGCUCAAAAUAGUGGUAAACUGACAUACCAGAUUAGCCACAUGUAACUUGGUGGAAGCAGGAGCAUGCAAGCCUUUGAGUUUCCUAGUAUUAUUUAUCAGGCAGAAGGAGUUCUGCGUUAUUGGAAAGUGUGGAGUCUUUCACUUAACAUAAGUUGCACAGAUUUAAAUGUCCAAUUUUGGGGGUUUGUUUUCCCCUUGUGUUUUGCUGCUUGGGGUCUCCAUUCAGUCAUUCUUGAACACUUGAGUUUUCAAGCAGCAGCUUAUGAAUCACCCUUUUCAAAAAAGGACGGGGAGAGGCAGAAAUGCCAACAGUUUGUUUAUUCAUUCCCUUCGUUGAUUAGUUGCUUUUCGAGGCUAAGCCCUCACAAAAUGAAGCACAAAGAGAAGUAAAAGCAUCAGAAGCUCAGGCAGAGUGUGAGAAAUACUGAAUUAAACCACUGUCCUAAACUUUCAUGAGGAAAGGUAGUAGUAAAAAAAGUAAAAGUUUAAGGCCUUCUUGGAUGCCAGGAUUCCAAGGGAGGCAAGCAAAUGUUAACAGUAGGAGAGUUUCACAUCCACGGGGCCAACAGAUGCAAAGGUCUUGCCUCGUGUGCUGGUCAAGCUAACAGAUUUCACAGGCUCGGCCCACGAGCAAGAUGUCAGGCAAGGGUCUUGGAUUAUAGGCAGGUUCUGAAUUGGGACAGGCAGUCCUUAUGGUAAUUAAUUUUUUAAUGCAGUGGUACAAUGUUAAUGUAUCUUGUAUAACUUGUCACAGUCAGGUUUUUAAAAGAAAUAUAACCACACUCUAACAAAUUCUUCCAGUGUUCAUUCUGGUCUCCUUUACCCUGGCAGGGUUUUGAAGGCUGUUGCGGAGGCUGGUGUUCCAGUUCCUAAAGUCCUUGCCUUAUGUGAAGAUUCAAGGUGCAUUUAUGGUGUGUGUGUGUGUGUGUGUGUGUGUGUGUGUGUGUGUUUGAGAAUGAAUCACUGGGCCUGUGUAAUUUUCAGUCAUCUCAUAAACUCUAUACGUUGCUGAUUGUAAAAAACAAACAAACAAAAAACCUCCCAAAGCAGCUUCAAAAACAACAAUAAAAUUAUCAGUAAGAACCCUUACUUAAAACAUUCAAGCAAUAAUGAACAUCAAUGAUGGGCUAAAGACAAGAUGGAAAUACAUGUCCACAUUCCACUUAUCUGGGUUGACUUGUGUCAGCAGAAAGGUUUUCAGCAAGCUCCAAAAAGAGUGCAGUGAAGUGCCUGAUGUCACUAGGCAGGGAGUUCCAAAGUUUGCAUGCUGCCACAUUAAAAGAUUGAUUUAUUACAAAUUCAGAAUGGGUAUUAUGUGGCACUUGUAACGGUGCCCGUUCCGCAAAUUGAAGUGGUUAUGUGGGCAUAUUUGGGGUGAGGCGAUCUUGCAGGUAAACUUGUCCCAAGUUGUUAACGGCUUUAUGUACCAAUAGUAACACCUUCAACUUGGCCCAGUAACAUAGCUGUCAACUUUUCCUUUUUCUUGUGAGGAAUCCUAUUUGGAAUAAGGGUAUUUCCCUUAAAUAAAGGGAAAUGUUGACAGCUAUGCCCAGUAACGAAUUGAUAACCAGUACAGGUCUCUGAGCACAGGUGUUCUAUGCUGAAAGGAUCUCACUCCCAUCAGCAAUCGUGCUGCAACAUUCUGCACUAACUGCAGCUUCUGAAUCAAGCACAAAGGAAGCCCCACAUAGAGUGCAUUGCAGUCGCCCACUAUUGAAGAUUCACCUCUCAAAGCCCUUUCUGCUGCUGCUCAAAGCAAUCAGUCAGUUUAUUAUGGUCAUAGACCUGCAGUUUUGCUGAUGUUCUUGCACUAACAUCCUCGUGUCGCCCCAGUAUCAUUGGCACCCCAUUUUAUCUCAUGGACUACUGCACCGGACGGAUCUUCAAGGACCCCUCCCUCCCAGGACUGGAACCCAGCCAACGGACAGAGAUUUACACCGCCAUGAACAGAGUCCUCUGUAAGAUCCACAGUGUGGACAUCAAGGCGGCCGGCCUGGAGGAUUAUGGGAAACAUGGUGCGUAAAUGUUUGGAGCAAUGGCAUUUCUUUUCUCACAAUGUGAGGGUGUGGAACUGUGAUAGCCCUCAAGAUGUAGUUAGGCUCCCAGAUCACAUCAGUGCUAUGGUCGGGGACGGUGGGAGCUGGAGACUGAUAACCUAUCCCUGGAUUUGACCUAUACAGUGGUACCUCAGGUUACAUACACUUCAGGUUACAUACGCUUCAGGUUACAGACUCCGCUAACCCAGAAAUAGUGCUUCAGGUUAAGAACUUUGCUUCAGGAUGAGAACAGAAAUCGUGCUCUGGCGGCGCAGGCCCUGUUAGCUAAAGUGGUGCUUCAGGUUAAGAACAGUUUCAGGUUAAGUACGGACCUUCGGAAUGAAUUAAAUACUUAACCUGAGGUACCACUGUAAAGCCUCAGGCAACUCAGGACCCCAAUUCCUCAAGGACUGCCUCUCCCCAAAUGAACCCACCAAGACCCCCUGACCAUCAUUUGACGCCCUUCUCCAUGUGGCCCCUCCAUGAGAGGUCCCAAGGGCAGCAACACAAGAACACGCCUUUUCAACAGUGGCUCCCCGCUGCUUUCCUCAGGGAUGCUCGCCUGGUGCCAUCAUCUUCAGGCCCAAAUAAAAAAUGUUUAUUUUCCUCCAGGCCUUUGGCUUUUAGUUAUCCUCCUUGAGUGAGUGGAGCCACUCCUGGAGUGGGUGGAAGUUUUAAGCCUGCCUUUAAAAACAUUAUUGUCUUUUAGAGGGGUUUUUUCUGUUUUAAUGUACAGUGGUACCUCUGGUUAUGUACUUAAUUGGUUCCGGAGGUCUGUUCUUUACCUGAAACUGUUCUUAACCUAAAGCACCCCUUUAGCUAAUGGGGCCUCCUGCUGCCGCCACGCCACCAGAGCACGAUUUCUGUUCUCAUCCUGAGGUAAAGUUCUUAACCCGAGGUACUAUUUCUGGGUUAGUGGAGUCUGUAACCUGAAGCGUAUGUAACCCGAGGUACCACUGUAUGUGUUUAUUGUAAGGCACACUGAGUCACUUUCAUUAAAAAAAAUACCAACUACUGUAAUAAGUUUAAAUAAGAAUGGCAGCAAUAGUAAUAGAUAACAUCUGAAGGGCCACAGGAUCCCCAUUUCAUAGAGCAUGGUGCUGGUGUGGCCAAGGUUGCAGGUUCAAUCCCCGUAUGGGACAGCUGCAUAUUCCUGCAUUGUAGCGGGGUCAGACUAGAUGAUCCUCAGAGUCCCCUCCAACUCUACAAUUUAACAGUCCUAUGAUUUCUGUGCUCGGUUCUGCAGAACUUGUUUUUUUCAGUACAUGCAGAACUUCUUUAAUACAGUGCAUGCAGUAAACUUUACCCCUUUCUUCCACAGCCUUUCCCAAUCUUCCAACAUUAUAUUGUGUCCAACAUCUCUUGCCCAAUCAAUCAUCACAGAUUUAACUUGUUCGUCCUUUGUAUGCCAUUCUAACAACAAAUUAGACAUUUUGGAGAGAUUUUUAACAUUAGUGUCUAACAAUUCCGUUUCCAGUUUGGAUUUUUCUGUUGCAAAACCAUUUUUUUCUUACCAAGUUUAUACAAUUCGUUAAUCUGAUAAUAUUGUAACCAUCCAUCCGAUUUAUCUUUGAUUUGAUCAAAUGAUCUUAAUUUAAAUUCCUCAUCAUCUUCCACCAGUAAAUCAGCAUAUUUCAACCAUUUACUCUCCAAGUUCAAAUUUUUCUGUGCCUUUGCUUCCAUUGGUGAAAGCCACGUGGGUGCUUUCCUUUCCAAGAGAUCUUUAUAUCUUAUAGAACUUGUUUUUUUCUCGGUUUUUAGUGCCUAGAAUUUCCCCUGCCAUCUUUAACGACAUCUUUCUGCUGCAGGUAACUACGUUCAGCGGCAAGUCCAGACGUGGAGCAAACAGUACCGUGCCACAGAGACGCAUACCAUCCCAGCUAUGGAGAGGCUUAUUGCCUGGUUCCCUUCCCACCUGCCAGCCAGCGAGGGCCUCUCUGUCGUGCACGGAGAUUUCAGGUGUCAAAUAACAGCAUUCUCUCCCCCUCCAAACACAGUUUUCAGGAGUCCCUUUCAACCAGGCAUAGGCAACCUUGGCCCUCCAGAUGUUUUGGGACUACAACUCCCAUGAUCCCUAGCUAAACAGGACCAGUGGUCAGGGAUGAUGGGAAUUGUUAAGUUGUGGGUGAACAUAUCAGACGACACAGCGAUUCUCCAAACAGCUCUUGUUUAUUCACAGGUCAGAACAGAACUGAACUGAAGGGUUCAGCCAGCCUGCUUAUAUAGAGCUCCAGUACAACGUAACUGUAACAACUUUCUGUAACUAUCCAAUCACUGAACGUCACUUUUGAUCCCUUAUUUGCAUAUGCGGACCUAUCCACAUAUCUUCAGUAUCCCCCUGCUGGCCCAGGGUGAGAACUUCAGUACAUAACAGGAAUUGUAGUCUCAAAACAUCUGGAGGGCCGAGGUUGCCUAUGCCUGCUUUAAACAAUAUGUUUUCAACCUUUUUCAGUCCAUGGCUCCCUUGACCAACUCCAUUCUUCCUGUGGCACCCCUGUGAGGCUCAGGAGCCCAGUUAUGUCACCCCUUGCCUGCAGAGCUGGCAGCCUUUCACCCUUUUUUAAACACCCUCCCUUGUGGACUGUUCCCUCAGCCUCCUGUCCUCUCCUUGGCAGUCCUCUGGGCAGCUGCUGCUGUUGCCACCCCUGAUCUCUGAGCUGCCUCCCCUGCCCCACAUAGAUGUGCCUUCUCACACUGCCCCACAGGUGCCUGGGAAGCACCCCCUGGCCAGAGGCACCAUUCGCCUGCGUAGCUUGUAGCCAGGGCUGCUGCAACAAACAGCUAUGCCAACCUUUAGGAGGCAGAGAUGCAAGAGGGCAUUAGAGGAGGCAGUGAAGGAAAAAGGGAUGGAGGCCAGCGUUGCCUGCGGCUGCCCUGACCAUCAUUCAAAACACCCUACGGUGCCACGGCACACUGGUUGAAAACCACUGCUUUACAUUUUAUGAAAUAAAAUAAAUACAAAAUAUGUACCGCUUGGUUGUAAAGAAAAGGAGGGGGGAAAUCCCUUGAAGCUGUUUACCCCCAAAAAUAAAACAAUAAAAUUAUCAGCAGUUAAAAACAGCUGCUUAAAACAUUCAAAAAUAAUUAAAAUCAGUGAUAAGCUAAAAACAGACUAAAACACGUGUCUACAUUCCACAUAUCUGGGUAGGCUGGUCUAAACAAAAAGUGUUUUUUGGUAGGCACCAAUAAGAAUGCAGUGAAGGCACCUACCUGAUGUCAACAGGCAGGGAGUUCCAAAGUGUAGGUGCUGCCGCACUAAAAGAUUGAUUUCUUACAAAUGUGGAACAAGUAUAUUAUGUGGCACUUGUAACGGUGCCGGUUAGGCAUGUUACAAAUGGCAAAGGUGUGUUCAGAUCACUGUUUCUCUCAGCAAAAUACGUAGCAACCUGGGAAAAGGUUAGGGCCGGAGGUUCUGUGAAGGGGAGCUCUCUGACCUAAUUCACAACUCCCUCUGUGACUGUCUCUUCUCAUGAUUGUUUAUAGCAAGGGAGCCAAUAGGAUGGCCUCUGGAGGUUAUGGAGAAGUCAGGGGGCAUAUUAUUAUUAUUAUUAUUAUUAUUUAUUUUUAAAUGCAUUGGGUUUUUAAAUAAUACUUUGUGGCACCCCUGAGAACUUUUCUCAUCUUGGUUUUUCUUCUCCACGUAUUAUUAGACGACAGUUCCCAUAAUCCCUGACCACUGAGGGGAGUUAUAGUCCACAACUUUUUGCCAAGUAGAGAAAGGCUGCUUUAGAGGAAGCUGGUUGCAAGAAGGUUUUUAAUGCACAGCGUAUAGGAGCCCGCACACCUCCGCUUUUAAGGUGGCACCUGCCAGAAUUCCUCUGCAUCUCCUCCCCUUUUCUUUUGAUAGGCUGGACAACCUGAUCUUCCACCCAGAGAAGCCUGAGGUGGUCUCUGUCCUUGACUGGGAACUGUCCACCUUGGGCAACCCUCUUUCUGAUGUGGCCUACAACUGCCUGGCGUAUUAUCUGCCUUCCAGCUUUAGUAUCCUGAAAGGUACACGUAUAUUAUCAAGUCAUCGGAGAAACAUCUGUGUGGGUUUGAAUAACACAAAACUGGGGAGGAGGUGGGAAUGCUGGGUAGAAAAUGGUCUCUGGCCCCACGUAGAGCUGGAAGCAUGACUAUUUCUAGAAGUUCUGGUGGAACUCAUAAUAAUAAUAAUAAUAAUAAUAAUAAUUUAUUAAUAUCCCGCCCUCCCCAGCCAAAGCCGGGCUCAGAGCGGCUAACAACAGUAAAAUAAUACAGCAUUCUAAAAUCAAUUCAUUAUAAAAUCAGUUCAAAUCAAAUUAAUGGCAACCAUUGGGCUAGAGUUCUGUGAGGAUUACCAAAGGAGGGGGUCAGGCUGUGUCCUGGCCAAAGGCCUGGUGGAACAGCUCUGUCUUGCAGGCCCUGCGGAAAGAUGUCAAGUCCCGCAGGGCCCUAGUCUCUUGUGACAGAGUGUUCCACCAGAUUGGAGCCACCGCUGAAAAAGUCCUGGCUCUGAUUGAGGCCAGCCUAACCUCUCUGUGGCCUGGGACCUCCAAGAUGUUUUUGUUUGAAGACCGUAAGGUCCUCCGUGGGACAUACCAGGAGAGGCGGUCCCGCAGGUACGAGGGUCCUAGGCCGUAUAGGGCUUUGAAGGUUAAAACCAGCACCUUAAACCUGAUCCUGUAAUCCACCGGGAGCCAGUGCAGCUGGUAUAGCACUUGGUGAAUGUGAUCCCGCGGCGAGGACCCCGUAAGGAGUCUUGCCGUGGCAUUCUGCACCUGCUGGAGUUUCUGCGUUAGUCUCAAGGGCAGCCCCACAUAGAGCGAAUUACAAUAAUCCAGUCUGGAGGUGACCGUCGCAUGGAUCACAGUGGCUAGGUCAGGACGAGAGAGGUCAGUGGCUAGGUCAUGGCUCAUUCUCCUGCAUAAGCCACAUUGAAAUUGAAGAUGGGUGACUCUGCCUGGUCCUUGAGGUUGCCUUCAGGCCCUAUUCCAUGCCUUCCUUGAUUGCUUUUGCUUACUUGGAAUGUUCCCCUGAAUGGUGACAAUGUCUCUUGCUUGGCCUAGAGGGAGAGAUCAUGUACAAAUCCCUCUUGACAUCCCCAUGACUUCAGUGUAGCCUGUUGUAAUUUUUAAAAUGUCAUAGCCAGCACAUUUAAACAGCUGUCAGCCUUGUAAGACCAUAAAACACAGUAUAAUCUGAAAUACUUUGCACCACAAAAUUUACAUAUUCUAAUUAAAAUCCUUCCACAAAAGUGUCAGAGAACAGGAAAGGCUUGCUACAAUUUAUGCACAGAUAAUACACAGAUGAGACUUUUUAGUAAUUGUAUCAGAUUGUUGUCACAUGUAUGAUCUUUGCUGUCUAAUUUGUUGUUUCUACAGCUUGUAAACUGCCUUGUGUAUACAGUCAUACCUUGGGUUACAGACGCUUCGGGUUUCGUGAUUUCAGGUUGCGCACUGCGCCGAACCCGGAAGUACUGGAACUGGUUACUUCCGGGUUUCGGCACUUGCGCAUGUGCAGAAGUGCUAAAUCGCGCUUUGCGCAUGCGCAGAAAUGCCGAAUUGCAACCCACGCGUGCACACAUACAGCGCUGCGGGUUGCGAACGCUGCAGGUUGUGAACGUGCUUCCUGCACGGAUCACGUUUGCAACCCGAGCAUCCACUCUAGUAAUAUAGAAAGGCGGUAUACAAAUUAAAAGUGAAAUGAAAUUAAGAGUCACAUCCAUCGCUCCACCUAGUUUUGCUUCUGGCCCCACCUCGAGAAAGUUGCCCAUAGGGGAAUGUAGCCCUUUGACUGAAAAAGGCCCCCCUCCCUCCCUCACACGCUCGCACUCCUUGCAGUCUGUGGUGCAGGCAGCAGCAUCCCAGAGUACUCUUGCGUGGGAGAUCUCAGAACAUCAGAGCAGGCCUGGUUCUUCCCCCCUGUGCCACUACGGUUUCCCCAAUUUCACCUCCUGGCAAAGAGAAGGGGAAGAAAUGGAGGCAGUGAGAGAGUUUACUUUCUUGGGCUCCAUGAUCACUGCAGAUGGUGACAGCAGCCACGAAAUUAAAAGAGGCCUGCUUCUUGGGAGAAAAGCAAUGACAAACCUAGACAGCAUCUUAAAAAGCAGAGACAUCACCUUGCCAACAAAGGUCCGUAUAGUAAAAGCUAUGGUUUUCCCAGUAAUGAUGUAUGGAAGUGAGAGCUGGACCAUAAAGAAGGCUGAUCGCCGAAGAAUUGAUGCUUUUGAAUUAUGGUGCUGGAGGAGACUCUUGAGAGUCCCAUGGACUGCAAGAAGAUCAAACCUCUCCAUUCUGAAGGAAAUCAGCCCUGAGUGCUCACUGGAAGGACAGAUCAUGAAGCUAAGGGUCCAAUACUUUGGCCACCCCAUAGGAAGAGAAGACUCCCUGGAAAAGACCCUGAUGUUGGGAAAGAUGGAGAGCACAAGGAGAAGGGGACGACAGAGGACGAGAUGGUUGGACAGUGUUCUCGAAGCUACCAGCAUGAGUCUGACCAAACUGCAGGAGGCAGUGGAAGACAGGAGUGCCUGGCGUGCUCUGGUCCAUGGGGUCAUGAAGAGUCGGACACAACUAAACGACUAAACAACAACAACAACAAACAACCCUUUGUUUGUGGAGAAAAGACAAGGGGCAGCCAAGCCAGGAAGGCGAACAUGGAGAACGAGACCCUGUCCCACCUGACUCCGGGUCAGCAUCAAGGCAUGGAGCCUGGGAGCAAAAAGGCUUGUUUUUUAGGGCAACCUGUGGUCCUCCAGAUGUUGCCAUGCACCUAGCUCCUGCCAUCCCUGAUCGUUGCCCAUGGUAGCUUAAUAAAGGGUUGCUGGGAGCAGGAGUCCAGCAACACAUGAAAAGCCACAGAUUCUUCCUCCCCCCUGCUUUACACUAGUAUCAACCUUUUGGCCCCAGUACCAAGCCCUGAUCCUGCUUUCCGUGACUAGCGUUGCUUUCCCUCCUUGCAGGUUUGAGGGACUGUGACCUGAGCCGGCUAGGCAUCCCCACGGCAGAGGCCUAUUUCCAGAUGUAUUGCAAGCACAUGGGCACCCCAGGAGUCGAGAACUGGAACUUCUACAUGGCCUUUUCCUUUUUCCGAGUGGCUGCUAUCCUGCAGGGGGUGUACAAACGCUCGCUCACAGGUGAGAGGACAAGGACAUCAGGAGAGUCAGUGGCCCUUUCUUGUCCAGCAUCCUGUUCUCAAAAGUUAAGGAAUAAUAAUAAUAUUUUUUUAUUUAUACCCUGCCCUUCCAGGUUCAGAAAACCGGGCUCAGAGUGGCUAACAACAAAUUUAAAGCACUUAAUUGAUGCUACAAAAACAGCAUAAAAUACGGUAUAAAAUGUGAAUAACAAUAAAAUCAAAAAUCAAUUUAGGGGGGAAACAUUAGAUGAUCACCAGGGCUAGCUGGCUAAAUUAGUCCUAUUUGGGCCAGCGAGGAGACCGGGGAGAAUUAGCUGUGGGAUCCCAGAGUUGGUAAUCUUCAUAAAAACGGGAGUGGGAGGAAAGGAAGGAGAAUAAAAGAUUGGGCUAAGUUCAAAUUGAAAGCUAGGCAGAAUAGUUCUGUCUUACAGGCCCUGUGGAAGGAAGUUGAAUCCUGCAGGUCCCUGGUCUCAUGGGAUGGAGCAUUCCACCAGGUCGGAGCCAUCACUGAGAAGGCCCUGGCCCUAGUGGAGGAUAGUCUGACAUCCUUAGGGCCCGGGACCUCUAAACUAUGGUUAUUCAUGGACCUUAAGGUCCUCUGCGGGGCAUACCAGGAGAGGCGGUCCCGUAAAUACAAGGGCCCUAAGACACAAAUGCAAAAAGCAGGACCUGAGGGCAACAGAACUUUCCCCACUAGUGAUUCCUAGCAACCAGCAUUCAGAGACAUAUUACCUUUGGCAGUGAGGCCACUUGGGCCAAGGGCUGGGGGAAUGGGCAUCUAUGGUGUGAGGGGGCUCCCCCCUCCCAAUGAAACCAUAAUCUCUAGAUUGCCAGCUUUCAUUAGAGAUUUUUUAGCACUUUCAGAACCCGAGAUAGGAGGCAAAACGUGCAUAUGCAGUCAAAGGCAGGAAGCAGUUGACCCCUGCAAACAGCUGGAUUGACAUUUUGCAGGUCAGCUGGGGAGCAGGGAGUUCCAUCCUGCUUCUUUUGCCAAUGUCUGGGAGGCCCUGGUGAAACAGACCCCUCCCCUCCUCCCCAUAGGUCAACAUUUGAGAGGUGGGAGGGACCCCUGGUGUCUCCGUGGCAGCAGGUGAUUGGCAGGUGGGUGAUCCCCACCCCUGUUCUGCAGCAGCUCCUCGGGAUUUUGGAUAGGGAGCCUUUACCAUCCCUUACCUGGAGAUGCCAGAUUGAACCUGGGCUCUUUGGCCUGCAAAGCAACAAAACAUGCUUCCAUGGAGAUGGCGGUGCUGGCGGUCAGCAGGUGGUCCCUGGCCAAGCGGUCAGCCCCGUCACCCAUGGUGAGCCAUGCCAGUGAGCCGUUGCAGGGGUGCUGCAAGUUCUUCAUAUCCACCUCACAGGAGGGUCAGCCUGCUUAUACAGUUUCACCACACACCUCAAUAUUUAUUUGUUUAAAUCAUUUAUAGGCCUGUCUUCCUUGUGACAGAACCUUCAAAUGAACAUUAAUGUGUGUUUCUCUCACAGAUUUUUAUGUGAGGUAAAUGGAAACUCUUAUUCCAUCACACACACACAAAAACCCAGAAAGGGAACUGAGGCUGAAGCAAGGUAUUUUAAGUUGUGAGGGGGAAGGAGUCUGUCCUAGUUUUCUCCCUGACAUACUCUUUAUUCAGGGAAUUUAUUUUCCCUCCUUUCCUGAGGGAACUUUCUUCCAGAUGAGCCCCUGCCUCUGCUGCAGACAAAGGAUUACUACGCUUCAGACCCCAGUUGAAAACUUUGGGUUUUCACUAAUGAGGGUGUGGGAGAGGUACAAAGAUCCAAUAGAACAAAAAACACCUUGGUGGCUAUCACGAAUUGAAGCUUUGUUACUCAAACCGCUUGGCAAAACGGGGAAGUGGCCUACAUAUAGAGAUCUACUGAGGAAUCAAGAAGGGAAAUGGAAAUUAAAAGAGUACAGUGGUGCCUCGCAAGACGAAAUUAAUUCGUUCCGCGAGUUUUGUCGCCUUGCGGUUUUUUUUGUCUUGCGAAGCACGGUGUCGGGAAAGUUUUGGAAAAGCUUCAAAAAUCACCAAAGUCUUCAAAAACCUCAAAAAAGGCUACCACGCCGCGUGCUAUGAGUUGCUCCUCGAAGUCAAGUCGCAACUGUAUUAACGGUGUUAAGAAAAAGGAAACAAACUUGCAAGACGUUUCCGUCUUGCGAAGCAAGCCCAUAGGGAAAAUCGUCUUGCGAAGCAGCUCAAAAAACAAAAAACCCUUUCGUCUAGCGAGUUUUCCGUCUUGCGAGGCAUUCGUCUUGCGAGGUACCACUGUAGAUGCAUUUUUGAAAGCCAUCCCCCUAUAAGUAAUGCAUUUUUGAAGGUAAUUUUCACAAACGUACACUUUUUGUGUACCCCAUCUUCCUUCUUUGCAUACAUUUGUUGGCUGGGUAACGCGUUGCAAACAUUCCAAAUGCAAACCAAAUUUCUUUCCCCACUUCUGCGCAGCUGAGUUGGGGAUAUCCUCAUCUCUCCCUUCCCAAAGCAGUGGAGUGGAAAUUGCUGUUGCCGUCAGGGAGUUUCCGUCUUGCGAAGCAAGCCCAUAGGGAAAAUCGUCUUGCGAAGCAGCUCAAAAAACAAAAAACCCUUUCGUCUAGCGAGUUUUUUGUCUUGCGAGGCAUUCGUCUUGCGAGGUACCACUGUAUAGAGUUGCAACUACAAUGGGUAGGUUGGGGAGGAGUGUGCUUCCAGAGAGGGCAGAAUCACACCAUGCACUUUUUUUUUAAAAAAACGUUUUUUAUUGAUUUUCUUUCUUACAACAAAUAUCCAUCAUCAUUACUAAACAUUCAUUUUCCAAUUUUCCCCCUCCCUGUGGCUCCCCACAGCUUCCAUUUCUGGUUUGUUACAUCAAAUGGUACAAUCUGCUGUUUGUAUUUAGUACUAUGUUGUCCCAUUGUUAUACAGUCAUACCUCGGGUUACAGACACUUCAGGUUGCCUUUUUUCAGGUUGCAGACUGCCAAAACCUGUACCAGUACCAGAACGGGUUACUUCUGGGUUUCAGCGGUUGCGCAUGCGCAGAAGCGCCGAAUCGCAACCCGCGUGUGUGCAGACGCGCCACUGCAGGUUGCAGACGCUGCAGGUUGCGAAUGUGCAUCCCGCACGGAUCACGUUCGCAACCUGAGCAUCCACUGUACUUCUUGUUCUCUUUAGAUAAAGUUGUAAAUGUUUAUUUAAAUCCUGCCAGUGAAUCACACCAUGCACUUAAAGCACAUUUGAAGCACGUGACUUCCCCCAGAGAAUUCUGGGAACUGUAAAUCACAUACACACAAAGCCACGAUUUACAGUACAGUGGUACCUUGGGUUACAUACGCUUCAGGUUACAUACGCUUCAGGUUACAGACUCCGCUAACCCAGAAAUAGUACCUCGGGUUAAGAACUUUGCUUCAGGAUGAGAACAGAAAUCGUGCUCCGGCAGCACGGCAGCAGCAGCAGGGAGCCCCAUUAGCUGAAGAGGUUAAGAACAGUUUCAGGUUAAGAAUGGACCUCCGGAACGAAUUAAGUUCUUAACCCGAGGUACCACUGUACUCUUAACAAACUGCCAUUCCCACCCUCCUUUGCAGGAAGCCACGUGCUAUAUACAUGCGCUGAGUGCACUUUCAGUGUGUGGUGUGUAUCUGUCCACACUCCUGGACCCUGGCAGUUGUUCCUCUAGUUGAGGCCCCAGCUUCUUCCCUCCAGGCAGAAAGAGCGGCAUGUGGACUCAGAGGCGAGGAAUUUCCCUAAAGAUGUUGCCUCUGUUCAUUCUGCACAGGCCAGGCCAGCUCAGCGACUGCAGGGAGCAGCGGGAAGCAGGCCGAGUUCAUCGCAGACCUCGCCUGGGAUUUUGCUACAAAAGAAGGCUUCCGGGUCUUCAAGGGACUUCCAACUCCCAUGGCCCCCACCAGGGCGUUCAGUACCUGGGCUGGCCCGAGGCAGUUCCCACAGAGUAGCUACUCCACGCUGGCUCCUGCUUCCAGGUUCCACCUGAUCAUCUCUCCGGACGGCCUGCCCAGCCGCGUCCAGCAGCUGCACCACAAAGUCAAGAAGUUCAUGGAGGCCCACAUUUACCCAGCCGAGCAGCUUCUGCGAGACCACCAGGCUUCCUCAAGCCGGUGGACUCCUCAUCCCUUGAUGGAAGAACUCAAGGCAAGUCCCCUUUCUCCUGGCAUUGCACGGGGCAGCACCCUAGUUGGGGCAAGGCAGGUGGCUCCGGGGAGAGAGCAUCCCCUACACUGGGUGCCAUGAGCAAAAAGGCCCUGCUCCGGUCUUCGUUGCCUAAAAUCUCUCCAAGAGAAGGAGUCUUUCUAUAGGACACUGUCAAACAACCUCAGAUUCCACAGUCUGGUUAUUAUAUCUUCACAUCUUAGCUGCCCAUUUGGCGUAACCUGUUCUGUUCCCAAUAGUUAUGGGAAGACAUAAGAGAUAAGCCCCGAGACACACACACACACACACACACACCCCAUGAUUAACAUACAGUGUUAUUUUUCUUUCAGAGAUCUUUACAUGUGGGACACAACUCGCUCACCUAGAAAUAUACUUUGCCCUUUGGCCCCCGCCCCAUUUUUUUCCACUGCCCCACUGCACUGGAGAUAUCAUUUCUCACUUCUUCCUGCUCCCCCAGCUUCUGCUGAAAUAUGUUUCAUCAAUCACAAGCCAAAUGAUUUUGGAUUUCUCUCCGUAGUCAUAAUAACGACUAGGAACCUGAUUUUUAAAAAGAAGAAUACGUGCAGGCUCGUUAUACACCCUUCUGUGUCCCAAAAAGCCUUGAUCUGAUUCUGAGAGAGGGGUUUCCCCCUGCAUCAUUCCCAAGUGCAAAUUCUUCAGGGUUUCUGUUUUUGGUAGUCCUCCUUUGAAAAGCAAAUAAACACCACAAAUCCAGUUUGCCCAGCCCCGUCCGAGCUUGCUUCUUGGAUCCACUGAUGUUCCCUGGAGGCAGGUGAAGGAGGACCUAGCCCUCAGGCCUCUGUCUCAAUCUCUGCAUCUGUUCUCUCCUCCUUCAGGAGAAGGCCAAGUCUGAGGGACUCUGGAACCUUUUCCUGCCGCUGGAGAGUGACCCAGACAUGAAGUACGGAGCAGGCCUCACCAACGUGGAGUACAGCCACUUGUGCGAGCUGAUGGGGACUUCGCUUCAUGCGCCUGAGGUACCUGCCUAACUCAGUGAGGUUGGCCGGGAGGCAGGGAGCCCUUUUCAGCCCAAGGGCCACCUUCCUUCCUGGAGAACCUUCCAGGGGCCACAUGCCAGUCAUGGUUGGGGCCUGAGGGAAGAGUGGGGAGAGCAAUCAAGCCGCUCACUUUGGAUAUUUUUGUAUGUGCACACAUUCAACUUACAUUAAUAAUAAUAAUAAUAAAUAAUAAUAAUACAUUUAUUUGUACCCCGCCCAUCUGGCUGGGUUUCCCCAGCCACUCUGGGCGGCUUCCAACAAAGAUUAAAAAUACAUUAAAAUGUCACACGUUAAAAACUUCCCUGAACAGGGCUGCCUUCAGAUGUCUUCUAAAUGUCAGGUAGUUGUUUAUCUCUUUGACAUCUGAUGGGAGGGCAUUCCAGAGGGCGGGUGCCACCACUGAGAAGGCCCUCUGCCUGGUUCCGUGUAGCUUUGCUUCUUGCAGUGAGGGUGUUGAAUGGUCUCUUUAAAUGUGAAGGUUCAUUAUUGUUCCACAAGAUGUGUAUGUCUUUAAGGGCCAGAGCAAAUAACGAGACCCAGUUUUACAGCUGUGAAACAGUAUAGCAGGUGCUGCUAAGCUGUGUUAAUUAAGCUGUGUCAGCAAUUAGGUAUAGUAUACAAAGAGCAGCACCUAGCUCUCUCAGUACCCUGGGCGAUGGGUUGGUGGUUGGGUCAUGCUUGUUGAUAUAUUUAAUGUAAAAGGAGUUUUUGUUUUUGUUAUUAAAACCUUGUUAAAGUUAUUUUUGAGUUCCUUGUAAUGCGUGGUCUCCCCAGCAAGCUUUCUGCAGUGCAGCUAAACUGCAAAUAGCCAACAGAGGGAACUGCCAGAAGGCCCUCAGCGCUGGACCUCAGUGUCCGGGCUGAACGAUGGGGGUCUUCCAUCCUUCAUCCAGGCACAUGUUAGUCCUUAUCACUAUCCAAGGACAUAUUCCAGCCCUGAAAGAGAGCGGUGCGAGGCUCCAGCCAGAGAAACCCCUAGGGAAGCUUCAGAGGAGGAAGACUCAGAGCCAGGGGAGUGGUGGUGGGGCAUGGAAAACAGGCCAGAGGAUGAAGGGGAGGGGACAGAAUGGCUCGAUGCUGAACAAGCAACAGGCUGGAGUGAGAGAGAGGAACCAAAGGCAGAAAGCACUGCAGACGGAGGACAGGCAGCUGAGGAGGAGGAGGGGACAGAAGCUCCAGCAGCUUCAUAGGAGCCUGCCGGUCCUACUGUAUUCAGCUCCCCUCCUCCCUUGUCUUCAAGGGCACAUAGGGCUUUGCAAGUAGCAGAGCAAAGAGCUCAGAGGCCCCCACUCCCUGACGCAGUUUAAGACAGCUGGGAAAACAGCUGGCCAGGGAGGAGACUUAGGGGGAAAUAGGUGGCACAGAUUGUCAGCUCUGGCAACUGCUUGGGAGCCAGUCUUGCCCAUAGUAUUCUGUAUUCUGUUUCAUUGAAUAAAGAAUUAGCUUUACUGCUCGUCUCUGAGUCUCCGUGCUGACCAGCUGCUGAAGCAGCCCUGAUAGCCAGACAGAGAGCCUCAGAGGGCUACCUUUGCCCCUGGCCCAAGAUUCCCCACCCCUGCUGGAUCAGGCCAGUGCCCAUCUGGUCCAACACUUGCAAUGACAGAGCUUAUAAUCUGUUGACACUCUCUUAAUGUUAAGGAUUUGGUAAUUUGAAGACUUGCCCUGGACUCACACCCCCUACCAGGCAUGGCCAAACUUGGCCCUCCAGAUGUUUUGAGACUACAGUUCCCAUCAUCCCUGACCACUGGUCCUGUUAGCUAGGGAUGAUGGGAGUUGUAGUCUCAAAACCUCUGGAGGGCCGAGUUUGGCCAUGCCUGCGGUCUAGGCCCUUCCUUAGGCUUUGAAUUUCAGUUCUAGCAGAGCGUGCAAGAGGCUUUUCUGAAUAAAGCUUCUUUUAGAAAACCUCUCCUCGUUCUUGGUGCCUGUUGUUGGAUGCAGAAACAUUACAGCAUCACUGUGGCCACUCAGAUGUCUGUGGGAAAGCAGGAUCUGAACACUAGAGCUCCCUCGCCUCCAGUGGUUUCCAGCAGCUUGCAUUGCUACGUCUGACCACCCCAAAACCCCAGGGAGCUGCGUUGGACAAAUUACAGUGGUGCCCCGCAAGACGAAUGCCUCUCAAGACGGAAAACCCGCUAGACAAAAGGGUUUUCCGUUUUGGAGGUGCUUCGCAAAACGAAUUUCCUAUGUGCUUGCUUCGCAAGACGAAAAUGUCUUGCGAGUUCCUGCGGGGGUUUUUUCCUCCCCCCCCUUUUUCCCAAGCGCUAAACCGCUUAUCAGCUGAUCGCUAAGCCGCUUAUCAGCUGAUCGUUAAGCCGCUUAACAGCUGAUCGCUAAGCCGCUUAUCAGCUGAUCCGCUAAGCCCGCUAUGCCGCUAAUACUGUAGCGCUAAUCCGCUAAACCGCUAAUGGGCUUGCUUCGCAAGACGAAAAAACCCGCAAGACGAAGAGACUCGCGGAACGGAUUCUUUUCGUCUUGCGAGGCACCACUGUAGUUGGGUUGGCUUUAUAAAUCGGCUUUGCUAUGAGAGAUGGGCCUGUGUUCAUCUUCCAUCUCAUGGCUGAAUGAUGGCAACCUGCUAUUUGACCUCCUGUCUCUCUUCUCCAGGUUUUCAACUGCUCUGCCCCAGACACAGGCAAUAUGGAGGUGCUCCUGCGCUAUGGGACAGAAGCACAGAAGGAGCGCUGGCUGCAGCCUUUGCUGGAUGGAAAGAUCCGGUCUUGCUUUGCUAUGACGGAGCCACAGGUCAGGGCUGCCCUUCCUCUUGGUUCUUGAACACUAGGGAAGGAAGUAUUGGGAUUCUUAAUUAUUCUUACUAAUUAAAAUCUUUAUUUUGGUAGUACAGUGGCACCUCGGGUUACAUACGCUUCAGGUUACAGACUCCGCUAACCCAGAAAUAGUACCUCGGGUUAUGAACUUUGCUUCAGGAUGAGAACAGAAAUCGUGCUCCGGCAGCAUGGCGGCAGCAGGAGGCCCCAUUAGCUAAAGUGGUGCUUCAGGUUAAGAACAGUUUCAGGUUAAGAAUGGGCCUCCGGAACGAAUUAAGUACUUAACCCGAGGUACCACUGUAAAGCAUGGGUAGGAAACUAAGGCCCGGGGGCCGGAUCUGGCCCAAUUGCCUUCUAAAUCCAGUCCAUGAAUCAGCGUGUUUUUACAUGAGUAGAAUGUGUCCUUUUAUUUAAAAUGCAUCUCUGGGUUAUUUGUGGGGCAGAGGAAUGCGUUCAUUCCCCCCUCCCUUCAAAAUAUAGUCCGGCUCCCACAAGGUCUGAGGGACAGUGGACCGGCCCCCUGCUGAAGAAGUUUGCUGACCCCUGUAGUAGAGUAUUUACAUCAUGCCGUAUACAAAGCAAACAAACAAUAAAUAAUAAGAGAAAGGAAUGGUGACACACUGAUAUAAAUCGAGGCAGCCACAGCAAUCAAAGUGUUUUGAAAAAACCCAGGUAAAAUCAUCAUCUUCAUAAAUAGGCACAGCACGACUUCCUUAAGACGGCAGCUGAAACAGAAAGUCUUGGGUAAGGUCCUGGGGUCUGAGCUGUUUUAUUCAAGCCAUGUUGUUAGCUUCAGUUUGAGGAAGCAGUGGAACAUAAAAACAGCAGAUGAAUAAAUGAGCCUUGCUUCUAUAUUCCCUCUAAAACAAAGCAUCUUUUUUUCUUAGGUUGCUUCCUCCGAUGCCACCAACAUUGAAUCUUCCAUUGUCAAGGAAAAGGACACCUAUGUCCUGAACGGGCGCAAAUGGUGGAUAUCAGGUACAUUGCACCGUCUCCCCAGUUUCUGGUAUCAGGGCUCAUCGUUCUGCAGCUGGGAUGCUGAGGUGUGGAGUGGGGAAGGAGCAGGCCAGCUCCCAAAAGGGCUCAGCCUUUUCCUUGCCCUGCAAUUUAAGGUUUUCUUGUGGUUUCCAGAGAGCAAUGGUGGGCGUCUUCCUAGAGGGCUUCUGGGAAAUUUCCUUGUUCCAGAUUUCAUUGCUUGCCCGUAAGACACUGCCUGGAAGCACAACAGGAAGUAUGGAGCAAAGCAACUCGAAGGGUGCUGUGAGCUUGGGAACUGUGCUCUGCUCUUCAAAGAAUUGCCUUGUGGGCAUUUUCCAGAUGACCAGAGCUGUGACUGGGUGAAAUCAGCUCCAAGGCAGAGACGAGGAGUGGAAGCUGCCUGGGGUGGCGGCUUCUUCUGUUUCCAACGCAUCGGUGCAAGUCGAGAAUAAUAAUAAUAAAAUUUUUUAUUUAUAUCCCGCCCUCCCCAGCCGAAGCCGGGCUCAGGGCGGCUAACAACAAUAAAAUAGUGCAAUGUUAUAAAAACAUUUCAUUGUAAAAAUUAAUUAAAAUCAAAUUAAUGGCAACCAUUAAGCUAAAGUUCUGUGAAGAUUGCCAAAGGAGGGAGUCAGGCUGCGCCCUGACCAAAGGCCUGGUGGAACAGCUCUGUCUUGCAGGCCCUGCGGAAAGAUGUCAAGUCCCGCAGGGCCCUAGUCUCUUGUGACAGAGCGUUCCACCAGAUUGGAGCCGCAGUCGAAAAGCCCUAGCUCUAGCUGAGGCCAGCCUAACCUCUCUGUGGCCUGGGACCUUCAAGAUGUUUUUAUUUGAAGACCGUAAGUUCCUCUGUGGGACAUACCAGGAGAGGCGGUCCCGUAGGUACGAGGGUCCUAAGCCGUAUAGGGCUUUAAAGGUUAAAACCAGAAGGAAGGGCAUUUGGGGGAGCAUGGUUAGCAAACAGCCAGCCAGCAUGGAGGGUAGUACCGAUUUCCAACACAGGCACCUAUCAUCCAAACCUCUCUUCCCGGCAGGUUCCUUGGACCCUCGUUGCCAGCUCUGCAUCUUUAUGGGCAAGACAGACCCCACUGCCCAAAGGCACAAGCAACAGUCCAUGUUGCUGGUUCCUAUGGACACGCCUGGAAUCACCAUCCUGAGGCCACUCAGUGUUUACGGCCUGGACGACGCUCCAGGUCAGGCAAAGCAUUUUUAUUCAGGGUUUUCCCUGAAGGGUUUCCAGGGAAGGAGGGCUGGCAUGCCCUGGGCCUCUCUUGCCUUUAGGGUCUUCCGCAGAUAGGGCACCACCACUGCAAAGGCCCUGUUCCCAGUUGUAGUAGUAGUAGUAGUUUGGAUUUGAUAUCCUGCUUUAUCACUACCCAAAGGAGUCUCAAAGCGGCUAACAUUCUCCUUUCCCUUCCUCCCCCACAACAAACACUCUGUGAGGUGAGUGGGGCUGAGAGACCUCAAAGAAGUGUGACUAGCCCAAGGUCACCCAGCAGCUGCAUGUGGAGGAGCGGGGAAGCGAACCCGGUUCACCAGAUUACGAGUCCACCGCUCUCAACUGCUUCUGGCGGUACCUGGGGAAGAACCUCCACAGAUCAAGUGUUGCGCUCUUGCUAAUUUCAGUGAUCAGAGACUCAUAGAAAUUGUAGAGUUGGGAGGGAACCAAAGGGUCAUUCCCCUGCAAGGGAGGAAUCAGAGCUCGAACAUUUGUGAUCCGCGUCUGCACUUAGGAGUUAGUGUUAAUAAGGCUUCAAUAUUAACCCAAGUUACUUAGGCAGAGUUACCCCCCAAGUUGUGAUGGGGGUGUUGUGUAACAGCAGCCAGGGAGUGGCAGGGGGUUCCCUCUGCCAGGAAAUUCCCACUUUCUUCUCUUUCCAGCUGGCCAUGGAGAGAUAGCCUUUGACAACGUCCGUGUCCCCCAAGAGAAUCUCUUGCUGGGCCCUGGCCGAGGCUUUGAGAUAGCCCAGGGGAGGCUGGGCCCAGGACGGAUACACCACUGCAUGAGGCUGAUCGGCUUUGCGGAAAGGGCGCUGGACCUCAUGAAGGAGAGGGUAAGCGACACAGCAUGGUGCGUGGGCUUGAGGGUUCUCAUGGAGCACCUCUCCUCAGCACUUUGGGUCAUGUCUGCCUGUCACUGGGCUCCUUUAUCCAGCACAAUCUCAUUCUGGGCUGACUCCCUCCCUCCAUCUUCCCCAAGCACUAUGCGGUUUGGGGAGACCUUUGCAUUGCAGCACGUGCAUAGGGAUGCGAGUGGCGCUGUGGUGUAAACCACUGAGCCUCUGGGUUUGCAGAUCGGAAGGUCGGCGGUUCAAAUCCCUGCGACGGGGUGUGCUCCCGUUUGGAUACACGCUGACCCCGUUUGGAGCGCUAAAAUGAACUUUCAAUCCAGAGCAUCUCGUAGCCAUCCGCAUGCUGUUUUCAAUCCGGAUUGAUUCUAGAUAGCAGUUACUUGGUGCACUUUUGAAAACACUCCCCCUGAUUAUCUUAUCCAUGCCUUUCAGUUCAAUUCAAUUUGUUAUUUCUACCCUGCCCAUGCAGGGACGCGGGUGGUGCUGUGGGUUAAACCACAGAGCCUAAGGCUUGCCGAUCAGAAGGUCGGCGGUUCGAAUCCCCGCUACGGGGUGAGCUCCCGUUGCUCGGUCCCAACUCCUGCCAACCUAGCAGUUCGAAAGCACCUCAAAGUGCAAGUAGAUAAAUAGGUACUGCUCCGGCGGGAAGGUAAACGGCGUUUCCGUGCGCUGCUCUGGUUCGCCAGAAGCGGCUUAGUCAUGCUGGCCACAUGACCCGGAAAAACUGCAGACAAACGUCAGCUCCCUUGGCCAAUAAAGUGAAAUGAGCGCUGCCACCCCAGAGUCGUUCGCAACUGGACUUAAUUGUCAGGAGUCCUUUACCUUUUUCUGCAUUGCAGCUUAUUUACUGCGGCCAUGACAAGUCGGCUUAUCAGGGUGAAGACCUGUCUGAAUAAAACCCUCUUUGCCUGCAGAAGGUCGUAGGAGGCUGCCUUGCCAUGUCAGAUCCCUGAUCCUUUCAGCUCAGUCUUGUCUACACUGAUGAGUGGCAGCUCUUCAAGGUUUCAGGCAGUGGUCUAUCCUAGCCCUGUCUAGGGCCUUAUCUGUCACAGGAUCACUGGGCCAUGGCUCACUGGCAGAGAAUAUACUGUGCGUCCAAAAGGGGCUGAGUGGGUCUCCUUUCACAAGGAGUUCUAGCACCUGGGAGAAGCAGCCACCAAGAAGACCCUGUCUCAGGUUUCCACCAAGGGCCUCUCUGGAGAGUUUUAAAACCCAGACAGCCCUGUAUGCUAAAACAGGGACUUUUGGUUCCUUGUCACAUAAAGCUUCAUAAGUCACCACGAGCACCUCUGAAAUGUGCCUGGAAGUAACCUGCUAGCCUUCAAAACCUUUAAAAAAUAUAUAUUAAAACAAGGACAUUACACUUCAAUAACAUGCACGAAUUAAAAAAGGAAAAAGCAAUGGAACUGACUGAAAACUAAAGUAAACAUACGCACACAGUACAAAUUUGGAUUGUCUCAUUCAUACUCCCUGGAAAAUAAUCCUGAUUACCAUUAUUAGCAUUGGGCAGGAGGAGGGGGGUAAUAACAUUUUUAAAAGGGGACCAUUUAUAUGGGACCAAGGUAUUGUGCUUGAGGUCUUACGAUCUUCUCAAAGCUGAAAGAAUUCCAAAUACUGUAGGAGUCAUUUGAACAUUGAUAUCACCACUAAUAUAUGAAAUAAAAUAGUUGCCAUGCAGUUGAAAGCAAACCUUUUCUUUCUUUCUUUUUUGGUUUGUCCUCCAGUGUACCUUGAAUUUUAAGUUACUUUUUGGAACAGAUUUGGCUGUACCACAUUUAAACCUUCUAAAUAUUUAUCUUUUUUUGUGAUAACCCUCCUGGCAGCUCACAAUAAAUAUAGAAUCAUUUAUCUAUUUUUAAUCCGAACCAUCUUCAUGGAUGGUUUUCUUCAGUGAAGCUGUCUUUAAAUUGGGAGUAAGGAUACCCCCUAGAACUGGCCCUGGUCAGUAGUCGGCCUGAAGUCCUGUGAACCAACUGAUGUUGCUACAGCGGCCAAACAGUCUUUGGCUAGGCCAGAGUGAAACCCUCAGCUAGGUGUACCUUCCUUGGCAGGUGGCUUCUCGCGUGGCCUUUGGGAAGCCCUUGGCAGAGCAGGGCACCAUCAGGGCAGAAAUCGCCGAGUCCCGUGUUGAGAUUGAGCAAGCCCGUCUCCUGGUCCUCAAGGCAGCGCACUUGAUGGACACUGUUGGGAAUAAGGUACGUACUCAAAGACUUUCAGGGGUCUGCGAACCAGGGAGAACUGUGGCUGUGGGGAAAGGGAAGUUUUCUUUUUUCUUUUUAUUCAAAAUUAUAACAAGACAUAUUAUCCAAAAACAUAUCAUCCUUGUUUCCGCCCCCCCAUUUUUCCUCCCCCCCCUUAAAACCCACCCACCCCACCCACUGACUUCCCUCAGUUCCAGUCUUUGAUUUCUCUAUAAAUGCUGUUUUCUGCAUAUUACACAGUUGUAUAGAUCCUCAAACUAUUUAGCUGAUUAUUAUCAAUAAAAAGUUUGUGAAUGUUUAUUCAAAACCUGCCAAGGAGUCCAGUUCGCUUUGUUGCGUCUUCAGAUACUUUGUAAAGGGUUCCCAUUCAUCCUUAAAGUCACAGUUAUCCUUGUCCCGUAGCUUAUAUGUCAGUUUUGCCAGCUCUGCAGAGUCCAUCAAUUUUUCUUGCCAUGAUUCUUCAGUUGGGGUUUCUUCAGUCUUCCAUCCUUGUGCUACCAGAACUCUCGCGGCCGUUGUCGCAUACAUGAAAUUUUUUUUCAACUUUUUUGGCAGGGCUUUCCCUACAAUCCCCAACAAUAAUGCCUCGGGUUUUUUAACAAAUGUUAAAUGGAACAUACUUACUUGGCAGGGGAGAUACCAUGAUCACAAAGGGAAAGGAAAGUUUUCAACCCUAUCAUUCCCACCACCAGCUCACAGCGGGGAUGUGAAUGCAGGAAGAGCCUUCUGGAUCCAGGCCAGUUGUGGCAAGUAGCCAUUGAUGGCCUUAUCCAUGGAUUUGUCAACAACAACAACAACAACAACAACAAAUUUUUAUUUGUACCUUGCCCAUCUGGCUGAGUUCCCCCAGCUCCCAACAGAAUAUUAAAAACACAAUAAAACAUCAAAUAUUUAAAACUUCCCUAACAGGCUUGCUUUCAGAUGUCUUCUAAAUUCAGGUAGUUGUUUAUUUCCUUGACAUCUGAUGGGAGGGCAUUCCACAGGGUGGGUGCCACCACUGAGAAGGCCCUCUGCCUGGUUCCCUGUAACCUCACUUCUCGCACUGAGGGAACCACCAGAAGGCCCUCAGAGCUGGACCUCAGUGUCCAGGCUGAAUGAUGGGGGUGAGUUCCAUAGUUUAAAGCCCUCCGAGUUGGUGGCAGUGAGUUCCACAGUUCAGCUAUGCACUGUGGUGAAGGAGGACUUCAUCUCUCCUGAACCUUCCAACAUUCAACUUCAUUGGAUGGCCACAAGUUCUAGUGCUAGGCUUUGUGGCCCUUCCCUUGCCACAGGUGCACAAGAGGGCAAAUGAUCCCCGCAUUUCAGGGGGUUGGACUAGAUGACCCUUGCGUUCCUUCCAACUCUACAGUUCUAUGGUUCUGUGAAUCAGAACUGUAGCACUGAGGAACGAUGCAGACCUCAGACUGAAGUGGUCAGAGAUGUGGAGCUGGAGUGGCUUGAGGCCUGAAGGGCAAAAUCAAGGAACGGGGAACCUGUGGGCCUCCAGAUGUUGUGGAACUCCAGCUCCCAUCAGCCCUGGCCAGCACGGCCAAUGGUCAGGGAUGAUGGGAAUUGAAGUCCAGCAACAUCUAGAAGGCCCCACGUUCCUCUCCCUUGAUCUACACCGUUGCUGAAUUUGAGAAAGUUCUGGGCUGGCUUUUUUGCCUCUUCACCUGCCACUCAUUUCUCCCUUUGGCACUGUGUUCAUGGCUCUGCCCAGUGGCCGGAUUGGGCCCUGUGAAGGUAGGAGUAGAGGCUCUCCCCAUCCUGUGCUCUGCUUCUGGUCAGUUUACAAGAGGUGGCAUCAAAGGGCUUCGGUGGGAAUGAAGGCAGGUUAUGUAUGUGGGGGGAGUCCUGAGGAAGAGCUGACCGACAUUUUGUCUCACCUCCUAGGAAGCGGCUCUUGAGAUCGCCAUGAUCAAGGUGGUGGCCCCAAGGAUGGCUCUGCGCGUUGUCGACCGAGCGAUCCAGGCGAGUGUUUUUCAUGCUAGAGGAGGGGCAGGGAAGCUGUGGGAGUCCAGGUGUUUUCGGAUGCCUUGACCAUUGUCUGGGGCUGAUGGGAGUUGAACUCAAACAGUAUAUUGAUGGGUACAAGGGUCUCAUCACAAUUCAAAGGCAAGAUAAUUUGCACUGUAUUGAGCCAGGCCUAGCUAACAGGCAUCCUCCAGAUGUUGCAAGGCUCCAACUCUGGUGAGAGGCAGCGUGGUGUAGUGGUUAGAGUAUCAGACUAGGAGCUGGGAGACCAAGGUUCAAGAAUCGGCCUUCAGUCGUGAAGCUCACCUUGGGCUCACUGUCAGCCUAAGCUACCACCCAGGGUUGUUGGGAUCAAAUGUGGAGAGGGAGAAUGUGGAGAGGGAGAAUUGUGUACCCCACCUUGAGCAACUUGGAGGAAAGGGUGGGAUGGAAAUGCAAUAAAUAAGCACCCAUAAAACAAUAGGUAAUAAAACAAUAAAAUAAACCAGUAGGCUAAAAGCAAAGAAAACAAAAUGACAACUAAAAAUAUAAACAUAGGGUCAGAAAAUGGCUACAACCUAAUUAAAAGUUGAAUUGAGGGCGGGAGGUUCUGGCUAGGCUGCUACCUCCGUCGCCAUUUCUGUCUGGAUUAUUUAAUUAUUUUUUUAAAAAAUAUUUGGAUACCACUGUUUCAUUAAAAAUAUAUCAAAGUAGUUUACACCAAUAAAAACAUACAGCAGAAGCAUUUUUUCCCCAAUGUUAAAAAGUUAAAAACAAAACCCCAAGCAUCAGUAAACCAUUGUGAAAGGAUGUCUUCUUGAUUGCCUGCAUAGGCCUGGCGGACUAGAAAAGUGCAGGCGUUUAAAAGUUUGCAUAGAAGGCACCCACUGAAUCUCCAGUGGCAGAGAGUUCCACAGGAUUGGGCUAAUGACACUAAAGGCUCAGUUUCUCGUGGUCAAAUGAGCCUCACCCACUCAGGAAACGACCAGCAGGUUGUUCUCAGUAAAAAAAGGGGUUCAGUGAAUAUACUCCUUCAUCCCUUGUUACUUGGCCAAGCCUCUUUGAAAUCUAAUGCAUUAUGCAGAUACUUUCAAUACAGUGCAUCCUGCACAUUAAAUAAAUAAAUAAAUAAAAAUAACACUGUGUUUCCUCUCUGCUCCCUUGCUUCUUUCUCCUUCCCCUCGCCUGGCUUACAGGCUUUUGGGGCAGCUGGGCUUAGCAACGACCAACCACUGGCGCAGUUCUUCGCCUGGGCACGGGCUCUCCGCCUCGCCGAUGGACCCGACGAAGUCCACCGGGCAGCUAUCGCUAAAAUGGAGCUCAAGCGCUAACGGAGCCCCGUCCAGGCAGCCACACAAACCCCCAGCAAGCCAGAGUUGGGAAAAGGGCACUCGGUCUGCAGCUCUGGGGACUGGCAAGGUGUGGUGCUGGGGAGGCUAUAUGGAUGUGGCUUGUUUAUUGGAAAUCCGGUGUCUGUGCUGGCUUCCUUGGGCCACUGCAAUAAUUAUUGAGCUGAUUACAGAACGCACAAAGAAUCACAGGGGCCGGCCGGCAGCUAGCGAAGGACUCAGCCGUGGGCUGAGAAGGCAACGCAGAUUCCUAGUUGUGACCUCUCGGGAUCUCUGCUGAAGAAUCUACAUGGGUGCAUUCAGAGAUCCACAAAAGCGAUGAACUUCCUUCAUAUGGUGGGCGACUGUGAUGGGCAAUGGAUAUUGGAAAGCUACCCUUAUGAAGAAUAUCGGCUCACUCGUGUAUGGGAAAGCGCUGCCUCGGAUCCACCGCAGGAUAUUUAGUAGUAUGGUGGAGAAAAUAUAGAGACAUCCCUUCAUGGAUUCUAGCAGAGAAGCCUCUAACCAGCUGCCUUUCAGAGUUUUCCGUGCCUUGGCAGGGGGUGAGGAUAUGCACUUUGAUUAUAUACGUACUGUAAUUCACUGAGGGAAUUGUGGGGAAGAUCGAAAUCACAGGAGAAAUAGGGAUUCUGCAAGUGUCCCAGGGAACGGUUGCAUUAAAAGGAGAAUGAACACACCGA